AUGAAAUGCUGCAAAGUGCCCUCCCACCUAUGGGCAUGUCGGGCUGCUUUCGUAGUGAAUGUUGAAUGCAUAAGCUGGGGCCAGGGCACCUCCAAGCGGGGCGUCACUGAUUGGUUCAGCGUUUUUGCGAGUUGGAUGAUAUCUGCGUUCCCCCGCGCCAACAUCACCGCUCGUAACGGCUGCACCCCGGGUGUUCCCACGCCGUACAUGAUCAUGUGCUUGGAGCUGUCCGUGGAUCCAGAUGUGGAUCUCGUGUUCAUGGAGUACACGCUCAAUAGGCGCUUUUACGAGACCACAGAAGACGCGCAAGGUGCGCUCUCACAGUAUUAUGACGUACAGUACCUGUCGCUGCGUACGGCACUGUACCGCCUGGCCGUAUUCAAGAGCACGCCGAACUUCUUAUGGGAGGACGCCUAUGUGGACGUCCACCCGGGGGAUCACGGCCAUAAGAUCAUGGCUGAUCUUGCCGUACAUCUGAUCCAGCGAGUGACUCUGGGAUUGUUGAUGGAGCCGUACAGUUCUGCCGAUGCCGAGGCCGCCAACGAGCAACUUCCGGAGCCCAUGUACUUGGGCAACACUGCCCCCAGCAGCCCCAUGUGUCUGGUGGGAGCCGCAUUCAGGCGCCUGGUGGUCUCCUCCUCGGGUUUCACCUACGUGAACGAGGGCACCGCUGUGAAGCCCAAGCCCGGCUACGUGGCCACCGAGCCCGGCAGCCGGCUGCAGCUGGCGGUGAACACGGACCGCUCGGCGGUGGGCAGUCCGGCGGGGGAGAAGGUGCACGUGUACGUGCACCACCUGAGGAGCUACGAACACAUGGGGGUGGCGGAAGUGAGCUGCGUAUCCGGUUGCAGCUGUGACCCGGUUGAGAUUGAUGCCCACAUCAAAGAGAGGGUGUCCCAAGUGUAUAUGUCUCGGCUGGUGGUAUCACAGUCCCGGGAAUGUGUCCUUGAAGUCAAGGUAACCGACAAGACAAGCAGCGGCGAGCACAAAUUCAAGGUUUCGGGUCUCGUGCUGGCUGAGAAGGCGGGUGGGAGCGACAUCAUGGAGCGGCUGGGCGGUGACAACCAGCCGUUCGGGCUUCGGCAGCACAACGGCGAUGCGACCCAGGUGGUGUUGACCAAGGCUGGCCGCACAGGCGGGGACGGACAACCAGAGCACUGA